AUGAGGGAGCGCCGGCUUUUAUGGGCCCUCGUCGUCUGCACGAUUAUUGCGUCGGCAUUUUGUGAAGAGGAAGUCGAUCGACCCAAGCGACAAGGCUGCGGCUGCACGUCAUUCUGCAACUGCCAACCCUCGUUCACGAGCAGUUUUUCCGCAAAUUUCCGGAUUCCAAUCUACCGGCCGCAAUGUAGUUGCCAGCAGCAGCCUCAAUGCAGUAACCAGUGCAGCUACACGCAAAUGAACCGGGACUGCUCGUCGACGUGCCAGAAGGCGUGCGUCCCCGCGUGCAACAAGUUUUCGACGACGCCAGGAAUCUGCUCAAUGCAGUGCAACAACAUUUGCUCAGGAACCUGCUCUUCUGCUCGUCAAACUGCCGCCACUCAGCCGCCAAUCCAAUUUAUGCCAAACCCACAGGCACAGCAGGUGUCCGCAAACCCUGGCUGCCAAUCGGCGUGCCAGAAUAAGUGCCAGACGGCUUGCGAAUCAAAGGUGUCUUCCUCGAUCCAGCCCUCAAUCUGCACCCAGACAUGCUCCAACGCUUGCCAGUUCUCUUGCUCGCAAACCGCAAUGACGGCGACGAUGGCUCCAGCCGUCACGACGACUUCGACAACACCGCAACCGGUUAUCCAGAUAGCUCUCGACAUCCGCGACCCAUACUACGGCACCAACUGCCAGGAGCGCUGUGAUCAGAACUGCCUCUCAAUGUGUGUCUCCAUGGGAAAUCGUGGAGCGGAUUGUCAACCGGCUUGCGCUACUACCUGUCAGGACUCGUGUACGACAAGCUACGCCACAGGCCAAUCAACAGGCUGUGUCACGCAAUGCGCCAAGGGUUGCGAGGCCGGCUGCCCGCCCGACGACGUGCAUGUGUGCAGCCCAUCGUGCGCGGCGGCUUGCGAGCAGCAGUGUUACAAAGUUGCCCUCGGCCUUAUCGACGAGAAGCCGAAAACUACGGUCCAAGCCCCGCCGGUCCAGCAGCAACCGCAGCAAAACUGCCCCUCGUCAUGCCAGCCGGCUUGCGAGCCCGUCUGCGUCCAAGCCGCUUACCAAGCCCCCGCUCCAACCCUCCUUCCGGCUCAAAACUGUCCGACUCAGUGCCAGCCGGCUUGCCAACCUACCUGCAUCCAACAGGUCACCACCACCACGACCCAAGCAGCCCCGCAAUGCAUCCAAGUGUGCCAGCCGGCCUGUGAGCCAACCUGCGUCCAGAAGUACACCAUCAGCGUGGUGCAGCCACAGGCCCAGUGUCCCGCGCAAUGUCAGCCGGCCUGUGAGCAACAGUGCGUCCAACGGAUUCAAAGCUGCCCGACCCAAUGUCAACCAGCUUGUGAGCAACAGUGCGUCCAACAGGUCCAAACGCCGGUCUACCUCACUGCCGCCCAACCGCAGGCCCAGCAACAGGCUUGCCCCGCUCCGUGUCAACCUGCUUGCGAGCAGCAGUGCAUCCAGUCGCAGCAGCCAGUCACGGUGCAGGUGAUUGCCCCCGCCCAAUCGAAGGUGCAGGUCACGUCGGCGACCGUUGCCUCAACGGCCUCUACUAGCUGCCCUCAACAAUGUCAACCGGCUUGCGAGCAGCAAUGCGUCCAGGGUGUUCAGGUAUCAGCGAGCCCUGCAGCAGCUAACCCGGCUAAUCCCCAGCUAACCGAGCCCGUCGCCGACGACCCAAACGCUUCUCCUCAGUUGCCACCUAAUCCAACAGAGCUUACUACUGAAAAUCCGGCUUUAACUACUAAUAUUCCUUUAAAUCCCGUACCUACUCUACCACCCGCGCCACCGCUACCCUCUACAGAGUCUUCUGCACCUCCGCUUAAUCCGGAAGGUCCGGUUUUAGCUGCCGGAAUCGGGGAUCCAAAUAGCCUCGCAGAAGCUCCUGAAAUCCAAGGCCAAGCUCAAGAAUCUGCUGCUACACACAUUUUUGAAGCAGGCCCAAUUUUCAUGAGCCCCGCCCUCGAUGGUCCGGAAAAUUUACAAACUACAGCAGCCCCAAAAAUCGGCCAAAACCUCAUGCUCAACUCCGAGACGGUACAAGUUGCAAAGUACGAGGCGGUCACGGAAACUGCCACUCAGAACCCGCUUUUCACGGCCACAUUUACCAAGCCAUAUCAAGAUUUGGUGGCGAGUCUGACGAAGAAGCUGAGACUGCUUUUUCAUCCGCCACCGGCUAACCCGAACGCGAAGAUCGUUUUUAAGACGACCACCGUGGGCCCGAGCUCCGUCAUUCGACUGCCGGCCGAUCAGGAGAUUCCGGAGGAUUCGAUGGAUUUGUUUAAUGACGAUGGGGCUCCCAACUAUUCUGAAAAUUCGACAGUUUUGGAAGUGACGACGCCUGCUUCGGCAAAUGCCACCGGAAAUGCUACCCUAAACCCUACCAAUCUCUCUCCAGUUUCAACAGUAGCGGAUAACAUUACUCUACUUAAUUCAAUUACAUUAGUGCCUGAAGUCUCGACUUCAAACCCGAAAAGUCUUGAGCUCUCGAUAUCGAACGCUACGGUGUCGAGUACAGGAAAUUCCGCCCCUUCUACGCCGCCCAUUAGCGGUUCCUCGAUGACGAAUCAUACUCAGGUCAAGGACCUUGCAACCUCCGCACCACUUGCUGGAGUUCUAGAAGCCGCUGCCGCGCUUGAAACGACGGCAGCUACCCCGCAAGCUAUUCCUCUAGGUGGUGCGCUAAUAACUCCCGGUCCUACACUACCAGAAAACUCGACGCUACCACCUACACCCGAAGAAACUACAGAAAAACAGCUUUUCACAACGACCACCCCAAUUCCAUCUACAGCCCGAACCCGCCCGUGGCCCAUCAUCUUUGCCUACGUGCCGAGCAUUCAACCUGAAAACCGCCCGAACACCCUCAGCCAGCUCCAAACUAGCCUGGCUAAUGGAUUGAACAUGAUGCAGCAUCCAGAAUCUAGUAUUCUACGACCCCCGGGCCUCCUCCCAGCACCGACUAAAAUUCUGAAACCCCCAGCUCCCCUGGCUACAAGCACCCCCUUCAGUUUCUGGGACUACCUCCAGAAGGCCAGACCCGGCCUUCAACUCAGCCAGUUGAGCCAGCAGAGCCCCAACUCCGCGGUCCUAGUCUCUAGCCCUAGCCAAUCUGCUGUGAAUCUACCGCUUAACGACCAGGUGCUGCCGCCAAAACACCUAAUCAACAGCAAUAACCCACCGGCUUCACUAGCUCCACUAGCACCGCUUAUGCAGACCCAAACGAACGGCGCGAACCAGACGCCGGGGGCCCUCCCGCCCACGGUGCACUCGAUCUCGAUCGGGGUAUCAAACCAGCAGCUGCAAUGCGCGCAGCCCUGCCUCCCCACCUGUACCCCGGAUUGCCUCAUCGGGCUCCAGACGGCGCAACAAAACUCUGUGCAGCAACAGGCUACCGCUGCAACGACCUGCCCGUGUUUGGAUACUUGCGAGAAGGGAUGUAUGCAAACGCAGUCCAACCAAGAACAAUGCCACACGCUGUGCGUUGAAGUAUGCGCCGAGGAGUGCGGAAAAAUCACCAUCUCCAUCCCGACCCAAACUCAGGCGCCUUCAGGAGUGGCCAACAACCAGAUCCAAAGCCCCGACUUCCAAUCGCCACAAUGCAUGCCCGCGUGCGAGUACUCGUGCAACAUGCAGUGCGUCGAGAGGUUACCGCAGGACCAUUGCGGAAAUAUUUGCCGAGGGACCUGCGCGCCCGCAUGUCGCGGUGUCUGCGAGCAGUCCUGCUCCAACACCGUACUCCAACCGCUGAUGGAGCUUUCCGGAAGUGUCACGUCGCACCCAGCCACCCCAUCGAGUGCCGCGCCCGUGUUUUCACGAAUUCAGCCCACCGAGUUGGCGCGUGAAACUUUGCAUGAUCGGCAUGAGAAUCAGCAUGUGUUGUUUGAGGCCGGCGCAUCCCAGGAGUGCGCACCUAAAUGCCAGGCUGACUGCGAGAACCUAUGUCCAACCGUUACUCCGCAGUGCCAGACUGGUUGCCAAAAUUCGUGCGCACAACUUUGUGGAAAGGCUCCGACCCCGGUUGCUGCUUUAGUCACGGCGACGGUCUCGUACAACUGCCAAGUGCCGUGUGACGUGCAGUGCACGCAGAACUGCGCUGGGCAAGAACCCGCCUGCGCCACGUCGUGUGCUGGACAAUGCGAAGCUGCCUGUCCAACUGUAACCUGCGAAGACGCAUGUGAGACGGUGUGCCAGGGACAGUGUACCUUCUCCGGCCAGGACAGUCGAGCCUGCGGGCCGGCCUGCAAGCAGUCGUGCCGAGCGUUGUGCUCCAAGCGAAGGGUGAAGCGAGACGAAAUUAAACCC